AUGGCUAGCACAAAUGCGAUCAAAUUCAAUUCCAUGGCACUCAUAAUAUGCAUAGCUUUGUGUGCACCAAUUCUAUCUAUGGCUGUAUUAACCUGUUGUGACUUGAAACCUGCUCUUACUGCAUGCGAAUCCUAUGCAAGACAUGGUGGAGAAUGUGUCUCACAAGAUUGCUGUUUCGAAGCUUUAAACCUUAAAAACAACCUCAUCAAUUCUCAUCAAGAUUACGUUACUGCUUGCCAUUGCAUUCAAGAUGCUGCUGUCAAGAUGAUCCCUAACCUCAAUUAUACGGCUUUUUCAAUCAUCCCUGAGGGUUGUGGAAUUCGCUUGCCCUUCAAUUUUCGGGUCGAUAUGAAUUGCGACAACUUGUAA